AUGGAAACAUUAGUUAAGGCAUUGGCGGCAAACAUAGACACAGGACUGAGUCAUUUCCAACCUAUGGUUGCCAUACUGUGCGGACACGGGAAGUAUCACAAUCAAUACCUCGAUGAAAACAAGCGUUGGAUUUCAGAUCCCGAUCCGAAAGCUACGUGUACUCAAGACAAACUUGAGAUCCUUGAAUACUGUCGAAAGGUCUAUCCGAAAGAAGACGUGAGAAAUAUCGUGGAAUCAAAUAAAUACUACAAAAUAAAUAAUUGGUGUAAAUUAGGGCAGAAGAAGUGUCGGGCGAAGCACUGGCUGAAGCCCUACCGUUGCUUAGAGGGUCCGUUUCAAAGCGACGCCCUAUUAGUGCCCGAACACUGUCUCUUCGAUCACAUCCAUAACCAGAGCGUCUGUCAGAGCUCUGAGUACUGGAACAGAACGGCGACCACCAGUUGUGACAAACGGACGAUGAAAUUGCAGAGCUUUGCGAUGCUAUUGCCCUGCGGUGUCGGCAUCUUCUCCGGCGUCGAGUUUGUCUGCUGUCCGAAUCCCAAGCAAAACGCCGAUAACACCCGUCGAUUGCACGCAAACACCGGAACAGAUGUUAAGGACAACUUAAUCGAUGACAACAAACGCAAGAUUAAUGAUAACAUCGAUUCCGAUGACGACGACAGCAGCGACGAAGACGACGACGACUAUUAUGACGACGAUUAUGAUGAUGACGACGACCAGAAGAGCAGCUCAACCACUACUACCACUACAACUACGACCACCACUACUGAAAGACCCGUCGAUUUCUAUUUAAGUCAUUUUGAUUCGCAGAAAGAACACGAUUCCUUCAAAUCGGCGCAAAAGUCUUUGGAGGACAAUCAUCGCCAAAAAGUCACUAAAGUUAUGAAAGAGUGGAGUGAACUCGAAGAGCAUUACCAAGAAAUGCGAAUUAAAGACCCGAAAGGCGCCGAAGACUUUAAGAAGAAGAUGACCGGACGCUUCCAGAAGACUGUGGAGGCGCUGGAAGAGGAGGGUUCCGCUGAGAAGAGACAAUUGAUUUCAAUGCAUCAGCAAAGAGUGAUGACGAUAAUUAAUUUACGCAAAAAGUCUGCAAUGGAUUGCUUUACGCAGAGUUUAGAUCAAAGCCCUCCCAAAACCAAACGCAUUGAGAAGUGUUUGGAGAAACUCUUGCGCUCUUUGGAGAAGGAUAGGACUCAUACUCUUCACCACUUCAGACAUCUUCUCAAUUCAUACACUAAACAAGCGCUGAAAGACAAGGACGCGAUGUUAGACCAUUUGGAUGACUUGAUCCGAAUGGCCAACCAAUCCAUUCAAAUGCUCGAUAGGGUUCCCAACAUUGCCGACAAAAUUAAGCGACGAAUGGUUGCCUUUUGGCAUAACUUAAGAGGAAUUCCUUUCGAUGAGAAGAUAUCAAAGGAGUCAGAGUUGGCUAUAAUGGACAGGUAUGAGGAAGAGGUGGCACAGAAACAACAGGAACGCGAGCGCCAGAAGAUGGUCGAAGAGCAGAGGAAACAAGAGCUCAAAGAACUACAGGACGAGAAGAGAAGGGUUGAGGCGAAUCAGAAGAGCGGAAAACUGGAACAAGAGUUCGAUCCCGAGUCGAUGGAAGACGAGCGCACUUCCAAUGAAGACGACCAGAACCGACAGUCUGGCGGUGCAGUCCUGGAGCCGACUCCCACUCCCGUCAGCUCAACGCCAAUGCGUUCUAUACCUCAUGAGGACGAGGAGACCAAUGAAGUGCACGAUAUGGUGCCGACACCUAAGCAGUCGUAUAUACAAAGUCAGGCAUUUCAUCACAACGAGGCUUCCUAUUCCAUACGCCGAGAGCCUUACCAUCAAAGACUCCGAUGGAACGGAAGUGUUUACAUAACCCUAGCCUUCGCUGGCAUAGCAUUACUGACGGCCACAAUAGUGGGUAUAGUUUUGCUGAAAAAACACACCCAACGGUCGCCUCACAGUCAAGGCUUUGUCGAAGUGGAUCAGGCGGUGACACCGGAGGAACGGCAUGUGGCAAACAUGCAGAUCAACGGCUACGAGAACCCGACGUAUAAGUAUUUUGAGGCCUCACAACCACAGGUCUAG